ACGUCAUAAACGUCAAAAUAUUUUCAUUUGGCAGGCGUCGCAAAAAAUUGUUCGCUAUUUUUCUCUGAAUUUUGUUAUUUUCUAUGCAAAUUUUUCUGUGAAAAGAUGGGCAGAUCCAGGAGCAGGUCACCAAAACAUCGACGGAAGAGUAGCAAACACAGAAAACACAGUAAAUCGAGAGACAGAGACCAUGAAAGAAGUUCCAAAUCAAGGAAGCGUUCCAUCUCCAUAUCUUCCGACAGUAGUAGCGAAGUUUCGCAUAAAAGUCAUAGGAAGCGGAGUAAAGAAAUCGAUCGAUUGGCCGAAAUGGAGAGACAGCGAAGGCAGAAGGACGCUGAACAGAGGGUGAUUGAGGAGGAGGCUGCAAAAAGGAUAGAGCUUCUCGUGAAGAAGCGCGUUGAGGAGGAACUGGAAAAGAGGAAGGACGAAAUUGAAUUGGAAGUCACAAAGCGCGUGGAAGCAGCCAAAAAACAGAUGGAGAGAGAGAUGAUGAUUGAACUGGAGAAGAGAAGAGAGCAGGCACGAGAAGAAGAACGAAAACGUGAGGAGGAGGAGAGGAAAAAACGUGAGGAACUGGAAAGCAUCUUAGCGGAAAACAAUCGAAAAAUUGAGGAGGCACAAAAGAAACUCGCUGAAGAGCGACUAGCUAUUAUUGAAGAACAGAGGAAAAUGGAUGAAGAGCGCCAGAAGAUGCGAAAAGAGCAGGAGAAGCGAGCCAAGGAAGAGCAGAAAAUGAUUCUGGGCAAGAACAAUUCUAGGCCAAAAUUAUCAUUUUCACUCAAACCCGGCGUCUCGUGAAACUGUCGCGAUUAUUGUGAGCCAAAUGAGAAUAUUUCCAAGUCCUCAUGAACUUUUUUUUUUAAAUCCCUUCAGCAAUAAUUAAGAUUAUCCCACUAAAUUCAUUAAUUUUUUUCCAUAAUUAUUUUUUGCUGAAUAAUUUUAUGAUAUUCCUAUUUUUAUUUUAUUCCUGAUUAAGGGCGCACAGUCUAUGCUUCGUAUAUUUUUCCUGAAAAAAAAAUGAGUUUUCCUUUUUUUAAGAAUAUACUUUAAUUCUUUUGAGUAAAAUAUUAUUUUUAAUCAAUGGAAUUUAAAUUGUUAUCAUUUAAACUGGGUUAAAAUUAAAAAUCAAGCGUACUGACUGUAUUGCCAUAUUAUUUAAAAUAUCAUAAGCUCGAUUGCUGUCUUGAGAUAUUAAUACUAAAAAGAAAAGAAAAAUACCCAGGUUAAAGUUAUUUAUUUUUUAAGUGUGAUUCUUUCAUAAUCACACCUAUUUCCUUUUUUUUAAUAAAUUCCAUUGCAAUUGCCUCUCAAUUUUACAUAAUAGGUGAGGUGAUUUUGAAUUAUUCGUCUAUUUUAAUUUAUUACUUCCCCUAAAAUAUUUAACCAUAAAAUUGAAAAUUUUCCUUCCUCUCUAUCCAUUUGUAAAAUAACUGAAGAAAAUGGUAUAUAAUCCCAAGAAAAAAAAACAAUUGAGUAAGAAAAUGAACACUUCUGUUUUUGUGGCAGUGGCAUUUCUGACAAAAAAAAUUUACAGAAAAAGUUCAAGAGCAUUAUUUAGGAUUAAAAUUUUAAAUAUAGAUUUUCCUCUAUCGAAUACAAGUCCUAUAUAGCAAUCUACCACAGAAAAAUACAUUAAUUCUUGAAGAAAA